AAGAAGAAGCAGCUACCAGUUUAGCUGCUGCGUCGAAACUUUGGGUCGUAAAAGUUUAACUUUAACUUUAACUUAAAGUUUAACAGGUGAGCGGAACCGAGCCGGUACCGGAGAACCGAACCUUCCUUAGUUCCCCCGGUUCUGUCCCGGUUCUGUUGGACCCGUCCCGGUUCCGUUAGUCCAGGUUUUAUAUUUAUAUUCAGAACUUUCUUCCUCAGGUGAAGAGUCGAUCCAACAUGGAGGCAGCUCAGGGUUUGGUGAGCGGGUUCUCUCUGGACCUGGGACCGCUGAAGGAGCCGCUGGGAUUUAUCCGGGUCCUGGAGUGGGUCUUUGCGAUCUUCGCCUUCGCCACCACCGGCGGUUACUCCGGAUCCUCCCACUUCCUGGUCAAGUGUCCCCGCGGGGACGUCCCGGUGCAGGCCGACUUCGGCUACCCCUUCAGGCUGCCCCUCCACCCCUACCACGUGCCCUCCUGUAACGGGUCCCAGGGCAACGCCACCUUCCUGCAGGGCGACUUCUCGUCCUCCGCCCAGUUCUUCGUCUGCGUCGGCGUCUUCGGGUUCCUGUACUGCACCGGCACGCUGGUGCUGUACCUGGGCUACCAGAACCGGUACCGGCAGACGGCCCGCGGACCCAUCAUCGACCUGGUCCUCACCGCCUCCUUCUCCUUCCUGUGGCUGGUCUCCUCGUCUGCGUGGGGGAAAGGUCUCACCGAUGUGAAGUGGGCGACCAACCCCACCCACCUGGUGGCCUCCUGCCGGGACCUGAGCUGUGACCCGGGGGAGUUCCCGGCCAUGGGCCGCCUCAACGCCUCCGUGAUCUUUGGGUUCCUGAACCUGAUCCUCUGGUCCGGGAACUGCUGGUUCAUCUACAAGGAGACGCCCCUGCACCAAGACCGGGGGGCCCUGCCGGACCCCCUGAAGGAGGGGGGGGCCCCGGGGCCCUAACAUGGCCCUAACCUGGUCCUGACUGGGCCUGGGGGGCCCCGGCCCUAACCUGGUCCUGGGGGGCCCCAAGACCCGGCCCUGGGGGGCCCCCUGCACCAGGACCCCCUGAAGGGCGGGGCCCCGGGGCCCUAACAGACCCCGAUCCGGCCCUGGGGGGCCCAAGACCCGGGUCCCGCUUCGCCACGGCAGCUUCUUCUUCUUCUCUGGCUGCGUCUCAGAGUUUCAGCCGUCGGGGAAACCAGACCCUG